ACAGAAAAACCAUGUUCAAAGGAUCUCCCUGGCAGGAAACACACUGCAGACCCCGAAGGCUUUAGCAGAGGGCUUCAGACAAUACUACUCCUCCCUAUACUGCCUAUCUCCCAACACUACACUUACACACGAAGGAGAGGAGGCUUACACAGCACGGCAAAAAACAUAUAUCGAACAGAAUAUCACUACAACGCUGACACCCCAAGAUAUAUCUACACUAGAAGAAGAUAUCACUGAAGCGGAGAUACGCCUAGCCAUCAAACUGGCCAAACUGGGGAAAAGCCAGAUGGAUACACG